GUUUAAGUGAGAUGUCAAGAAAUUUCACUCCCCUUUCCUUUCAUUCAACCAAAUAUCCACGAUGACGACCCAGCAACCGACUCCAGUUCAACCAAAACGUGGAAUUAUAAAACAGAUUCUCUCGGGGGAUUCUGUUAUAAUUCGGGCACCAUCUGGAGCACCUCCACCUGAAAAACAGAUAAACUUUUCAAGCAUUACUGCACCAAAAUUAGCUAGACGUGCCGCAGAAUCUGGAGAAACAACAAAGGAUGAACCAUGGGCCUGGGAAGCAAGAGAAUUCUUGAGAAAGAAACUCAUUGGGGAAGAAGUAUUCUUUACUAGUGAAAAACCACCAAAUGCUGUUCGUGAAUAUGGAGUUGUUUAUUUGGGAAAAGAUUUUAAUACUGCAGAAAACAUUACGGAAUCCUUGGUAUCAGAGGGACUUGUUACUGUUAGAGAAGCAGUAAGACCUACUGCAGAAAUAACCCGCCUGCUUGAACUUCAAGAUGCUGCUAAAUCAGCUGGUAAAGGCAUAUGGAGUGGAGCUCCGUCAUCUGAGCACGUCCGUGAUAUCAAAUGGACUAUUGAAAAAUCGAAAGAAUUGGUAGAUCAACUCCAAUUCAAGCCAGUAAAAGCAGUUAUUGAACACGUACGAGACGGAUCCACAGUAAGAGCUUUCUUGUUACCUGACUUUUACUACGUGACUCUUAUGCUCUCUGGAAUUAGGUGUCCUGGUUUCAAAUUAGACGCCAAUGGCAAAAGAGACCCCAACGCCAAAGUUGAGUUCGCCGAAGAAGCUCGUUAUUUCGUCGAAGUCCGUCUGCUUCAAAGAGAUGUAGAGAUCGUCCUUGAAGCAGUAAACAACAAUAAUUUCAUCGGAACCGUAAUCCAUCCCAAAGGAAAUAUUGCCGAGCUCUUACUCAAGGAAGGUUUAGGCAAAUGUGUCGACUGGUCUAUCAUGCUCAUGAAAAGUAACCCAGACAAAUUGAGAGCAGCUGAGAAGCAAGCUAAAGAAGCUCGAAGAAGGUUGUGGAAAGAUUUCGUACCGACGGCACCUAAAAUUACUGGAAAAGAAAAAGAGUUCUCCGCUACCGUCAGCGAGGUCAACAACGGGGAUGCCCUUGUACUUAAGAUGGCCAACGGUGACAGCAAGAAGAUCUUUUUGGCCAGUAUUCGCGCCCCCAAAGAGCCUGGCCGUGCCAACGACGAUGAGGGAAAACCCAUUCCAAGACCUAAAGGUUUCCGUCCUCUCUACGAUAUCCCUUACAUGUUUGAAGCCAGAGAAUAUUUGAGAAAGAAACUCAUUGGCAAAAAGGUGCAUGUCGUUGUUGAUUACAUUCAAGAAGCUAGAGAUGGUUUCCCAGAAAAAGUUUGUGCUACCGUUACCGUCGGAGGAAAAAAUGUUGCAGAAGCGCUAGUUUCCAAAGGUCUUGCAACUGUUGUUAAGUACCGCCAGGACGAUGACCAACGUAGUUGUCGUUAUGAUGAACUCCUAACUGCAGAGACUAAGGCAAACAAAUCUCAAGUCGGUGUUCAUUCUAAGAAAGAUGCUCCUCCAUUAAGAGUUACCGAAAUUGAUGCUGCUAGAGCGAAGUUGGAACUUCCUGCCUUACAGAGAGCUCAAAGGAUAGAUGGCAUUGUCGAAUUUGUUGCCAGUGGAUCUAGAUUGAGAUUAUACAUUCCAAAAUCAAAUAGUUUGUGCACUUUCUUAUUAGGCGGUAUCAACUGUCCAAGAGCAACUCGCCAAGCAACUGACACCCCCGGAGAACCCUAUGGAGACGAAGCGCUCCUUUUCACUAAAGAAAGGUGCAUGCAACGUGAAGUAUCUAUCCAAGUCGACACUCAUGACAAAGCGGGCAAUUUCAUUGGUUGGUUGUGGGUAGAUAAUGUAAAUAUGUCUGUGGCACUUGUUAAAGAAGGUUUUGCUUCAGUUCAUUUCACCGGAGAAAAGUCACAAUACGCGUCUCAAUUGAAAAGUGCCGAAGACAGUGCAAAAUCUGAAAAAUUAAGAAUAUGGAAGGAUUAUGUUGAAGAAGAAAAGGAAGAAAAACACGAAGAGGAAAAAAUACCUGUCGAACGUCAAGUAAACUUUGAGGAAGUCGUAGUGACAGAGGUGACGCCCGAAGGUAGUUUCUAUGUUCAAAAGAUUUCAGAAGGACCAAAAGCUGAAGCUCUGUUCGCCAAAUUGCGACAAGAAUUCCAAGCCAACCCGCCUCUACCUGGUGCUUUUACACCGAAACGUGGUGAUAUCUGUGCUGCCAAAUUCACAGUCGACGAUGAGUGGUACAGGGUGAAGGUUGAAAAAGUACAAGGAGGAAAAGCUUCUGUUCAUUACAUCGAUUAUGGUAACAAAGAAACUCUUCCAACCACCCGCCUAGCCAGUUUACCCGCCGCCUACGUAAGUGAGAGACCCUUCGCAACAGAAUACGUCCUGCCCUUCAUUGUCCUGCCUAAAGACGAAGAAUUCUCUUCUAUGGCUAUCAAAUACCUUAAAGAAGAUACCGCCGUUAGCAAGCUAUAUAUGAACGUAGAGUACAGACAACCCGGAUCCCCUGCGGCAGCUUCUUUACACUCCGACAAGACAUCUGAUGCUGACAUUGUAAAAAAUCUUGUCAAAGAGGGAUUACUCAUCGUCGACAACAUCAAAGGAAGACGUAAUAAUAAAUUGUUGGAAAGUUACCGGGAAGCUCAGGAAACGGCCAAGAAACAACACGCUAAUAUUUGGGAAUAUGGUGACAUCACAGAAGUCGAUGCUAAGGAAUUUGGACUUGGCGUUUAAACUAGGGAAUAGGGACCAGUCUACCAGAGCAAACCAUCUACAUUGUAGGUUCAUAGACUUCCAAAUCAUAUUGAUUAAAAUGAAACAACUUCCACAUUUAUAGUAAUAGACAUAUUUUUAAUUGAUUUCCGAUAUUUAUACAUGAGAAAUAUGUUUUUAGGUGUUAUGUGUUGUUUUAUAUUUUUAUUAUGUGUAAAUUUUAAUUAUAUAUAUAUACUGGGUCUUUAUUCUAUUUCGUAAGAAAUUAUUUCUAAGUUAAUUUUUUGUAAUUUUUUCAGACAUCGAUUGUUUUUAUUAUAUAUUUUGUACCCAAUUUAUCUAUUUACAUAUUUCUGUUGAAUAUUUGUGAUGAAUUCUGAAGGUGUUCACACACUUCCACUCUUUAAAAGACAUGAAAUAAUAUUAAACUAGACUGAUACGCCAGUAAAGGAAAUAUUUAGUAGAAACUGAUUCCUCUUGAAUUGUUAUAUAUUUAUGUACUGCAAUUAUUCAUAUUUCGGGAAAGCGAUAAUGUAGGGGAUGGGCUCUGUUUACAAAUAAAUUACUUUGAUCGU